AUGCGUCUGACACGCGCUCGAGCCCAGCAGGGCGCUGAGGAGGCGAUCGACGCGACCGAGCGUGCGCCUCUCAACGACAUCUCGACAAAUGAAUCGCCAAAGCAAAACCGUUACGACGAGGAAUUGCCUGCGAAGACUCCAGGAAAGACUCCAGGAAAGAAGACCAAGGGAAAGGGCCGCGUGAAGAAGGGAAAGAAAGGAAAAGCAACCGAGGAAGACAAGGAGAAGGUUGAAGUCGGACCGGAAGAUGAGGAGGCCUCAAUUGAAGCGCCUGCAAACGAGGAAGCCGACCAAGAUGACACCAAAGCCCUCCCACACGGUCAGUCUACUGCGGCUCCGCGCCAUAGAACAUCGGCUGACGACGACUUGAUAGGAGAAAAUGCAGAAGUGGUCGCAAACACUGAGCGGCCUGUAACCCCACCUCCCAAGCCAGUGCAUAUGACACGUCGACAACUAGCAAUACAAGAAGAGCAAUCGAAGCAAGAGCAAUGUGCUCCGACACCCCAAGAGCCAGGAACCGAGGUCCCGCACACGACAGAAGAUAUGGUUGAAGUAAAUGUUAGUACAGACGCACCUGCCAAAGACGUGGACAUGAUAGCCCAAGAGCCCCUAGUUGCUGAUGCAAAGGAAGAGCCCGUCUUAGAGUCUGCCGUGGAACCGGUAACAAAGGUUGAGGCCGAAGCCAUCGCGGAACCUGAACUGUCUCAAGAAAUCGUCGAAACGGAAGCGUCUAAGGAAACCGCACCAGAGGUGCCGCAGAUCGAGGAACCAAAUACCGAGGAGUCUCGCGAAAUUCCCAAACCAGAAGCAGCAGUGACUGAAGUUGAGGCUCCAAUUCAAGCACCUCAAGUAGACCCUGAACCCCCAGUGUCCUCAGUCGAAAACAAUUCGGAACCAGAGCCAAAGGCACUUGAAAUCGACAUGCCCAUCGAAGCGCCCAUGACACCACAUACGAGAGCCAGUUCAAUCCGACGACUGUCGCGUAGCCCGUCGAAAUCGCCGAUGCGUCUUGAGGAGUCAUUCGAGGCUAUCGAUGCGCUCGAGGAGGCUCUGGAGAAUGUCACGUCACUUGGCAGCUUUGACCGGGUUGAGGAGGAGAAGACUCCUAUCAUGGAGGAGUUCGCCAAAAGUAUCAUUACAUCAGAUGUGCGUCCAGGGACAGCAAAGGAAGCGACAACCACGGUUACAAGGAUUUCGAGGGCACCAAGUGUGUCUGCGCCCAAAAGCAUGAAGCCAAUCAAAUCUUCAAUCGCUCGAACGACGAGUGUACGUGUGGCAUCUAACAAAGAGGUCAAAAUAGCUCCGACAGAGACGGUGGACUACCUGGCUUCGAAACGUCGACCGGUCAGCAUGUGCUUUCCUACUCCACCACCACCGCCAAAAGGUCGUGCGCCUACGAGGGCAACAUUCCAGCUUUCAAGCAACGACGUAGUCGCAAAGCUAAAGACGCAAAAGGAGGAGCGCCAAAAGCGAGAGGCGGAGGGUGUGGCCCCAAAGGCACGCCCACUGAGCAUGCCUCCGCCACCAAAGUCAAACAAACCACUUACGAAACCUGCAUUCCAAUUGCCUGGCGAGAAGAUAGCUGAGAAACUCAGAGCCCAGAAAGAGGAGCGAGAAAAGAGAGAAGCUCAGGCGCCCCAACACUCAGCGCCCAACCCGCGCCCCGUCAGCAUCAGCAUGGCGCCCCACGCAAAAUCGACCAAAGCGCCCACAAAGGCACACUUUGAGCUGCCGGGAUCCGCCGUGGCCGAAAAGCUACGUAUCAAGCGAGAGGAGCGGCUGAAGCGCAUGGAAGAGGCUGAAGCUGCAAAGAAGGAAGCUGCGCUCAAGACGCGACAAGCGCCAGCUAUCCGCAAACCGGUCACGAUGCCCGUCCGCCAACAUGAACAGCCAGGCGUCACAAUCCCUCCCCCACAACCACAGGCUCAGCGCGCAACCUCGUUGGCUAGCAAGCGCAGUAGCAUGUCGCUCUCGCAGUCUACCUCACAGUCACGCUCUGUUUCCAACUCCUCGUCGAAUCGCAACAGUAUCAUUGUCCCCAAGGCUGUCGUUACGCCCAUUGACGUGGUACACCAAAAGGUCAAGGGCAGAGAGGUCUUCAACCGCGAUCGCAUUGAGAAGGAGGCGCGAGAGCGUGAGAGGAGGGAGAAGGAAGAGGCUGCUAAGCGGGCGCGAGCUGAAGCUGCCGAAAGAGGCAGGAUCGCGAGUCGAGAGUGGGCGGAGAAACAGAGGAGGAAGAUGAUGGGUCUAAGCACAUGA